AUGGGUUCUGUUGAAGCUGCUGCAAACGUCGAAUGGGUUCUGUUCAAGAUCCGAUUCUGUUCAAGCUUUUUGGAUAGAGGAGAAAGGGCUUUCGAAAGGAUGGAACAAGCUUGGAAGACAAUGGAAUGGGAUUCGGGAAGAAAAGGCGCUGCAAGUAAGGCUGUUAUGUUGAAUCAGAAAAAUUAUGUGGUAUUUUGUGAAAGCCAAAGUGCAUUAGAUUUGAGUAAGAAUACCAUGUAUCAUACUAAAACGAAGCACAUUGAUGUUAGAUAUCACUGGUUACAUUUAAUGAUUGAGGAACAACAUAUGCUGUUAAAGAAUGUAGUAGAUAUGUUGACUAAAAUACUUUCCAAGAAAAAGCUUGAGCUCUGCAGUAACUUGACUGAAAUGAGUUUCUUAGUCAAGUAUUCAGCCAAAAGAAAAGCUAUACGAUUAUUCAUGGUUGCAGUACGUCCAUGA